ACUGUGUUUUGAUUUGCUUUGCCUUCACAUCUAACGUCGCGUUGCAGAAUGAAGCAAUCAAAGGAUCCUUUUGAAGCAGCAUUUGAGGAAUCGCCACCUGAAUCCCCAGCCGAGACUGAGAUAGAGGCACCAAACCCCAGUUCUGUUGUUGUGCUUCCACAACCCACUCAGGAAGAAGAUGUUAAUGUGAAGAAGGUGAGUACGGGCAAGAAUAAAGAGGAGGAAGAUGAGGAGGAGGAGGACAACAUGGAUGUUGAACUCGCCAAGUUUCCUUCUGCUGGUGACCCUCAUAAAAUGGCCAAGAUGCAGGCUAUUUUGUCACAAUUCACUGAAGAACAGAUGAGUAGAUAUGAGUCCUUUCGGAGGGCUGGAUUUCAGAAAGCUAACAUGAAAAGGUUAUUAGCUAGCAUCACUGGGACCCAGAAAAUUUCUGUGCCAAUGACGAUUGUUGUAUCAGGAAUUGCUAAAAUGUUUGUUGGUGAAGUUGUUGAAACAGCUAGAAUAGUUAUGAAAGAGAGGAAGGAAUCUGGACCAAUCCGACCUUGUCAUCUGAGAGAAGCAUAUAGACGAUUGAAGCUUGAAGGAAAAGUUUUUCAGAGAUCAGCCUCAAGACUCUUCCGGUAGAUGGACCAAAUAUAAAUAUUGUGCAUAAUAUCACUGGUUAGCAAUUGUUGCUAGCAGGAAGGUUAAAUUCUGUAGUCAGUGCCUUCUAGUUAUUGCAUCUUGGUAUCCAGUUUACUGGAACGGGUGAAUUAAUAUUAGGUGGUAAGUUGGGAAUAGUUUCCCUUUUGUAAUGUGGUAUGGAUACAUGUAUAGGAACCAACAUCUUUUCUUUUUACGUUGAGAAGAAAAUGUAGUUAUGAAGACUGGCGCAGGUGGACGUGAUCACAUCCUUAUUGGAUUACUGUGUGAAACACAUUCCUCUUGUCUCUCAUGAUUUUCUUGUUAGUUCCUCAAGUCAAUUGUCAAUAUCAGCACCAAAAAUUAU